UCUCCGCCUUGAACUUGCUCCUCUCUCUGUCUCUCACUCAUCGCCUCGCAGCCCCGGAGCGGCCGAUCCCGGCCCCAGAGGCAGGAGAGGGGGCAGGAGCAGCCUGGAUCUGAGGGGUUGGGGGUUGGCCUGACAGCAGGAUCGGAGCGGUCAGUGGAGGCUUCCCCAGACCCCGGCCCCCGGACCAUGUCCCGCCGCAAGCAAGGCAGCAAGCCGCAACACCGCAGCGAACUGAGCCGUGAGGACGCCGAGUUGGAUGAGACCUCAGGGCAGAAGGUCGCCAUGCCACCGCAACCCAGCCCACGGCACCAGGACCUCCUGACCUGCGGGCAGUGCGGCACCCAUUUCCUGCUGCGCAACAUCCUGGGCUUCAUUGAGCACAAGAAGAACCGCUGCCAGAGACCCACCCGCCUCCAAGAUGUGAGCGGGGGUCCGCAUUCUCCGCUCGCUGCCCAGCCCACUUCAACGGACCCACUUGUAAUUGGCAGUGAUGUGCGGACAGCCAACGUUUCAGAGAUUGGAGUGGAGGACAAUCCGCAUGGAGAUGAGUUGGAGCCUGCGUAUUAUGUCUGCACCUCCUGUGAGGAGCCCUUCUCCAGCGCCAGGGCCCUGCUGCACCAUGCUCAGCACACCCACGGCCUGCAGAUCUACCUGGAACUGGACGACGCGGAGAGGGUGGGGGUCCCUACGUCGCCAGGGGACGAACAGCCGACUCCAGCUGGCGCCACGCUGGAGGGGAGCCCCUUUGAGGAUCCGCGGUGCCCUGACUCGCAGUCAGGGCGCAGAGCCCGCUCCCCAGCCAACUCGCUGCUCUUCGGCCCGUCCGCGCGGGGCCUGCCGGACUAUAGCGACAGCGGAUCCGAGGAGGCCGUUAACCAGCACCACCAUGCCUCCGAGCGCGCCUUCCCCCUGAGGGUGCCGGCCAAGGAGAUGGACUUUUCCCAGAGACUGCGCAAGCUGGCGGCCGUGGGGUCCGGGCCUACCGCAGGAGGAGGCCAGCUGGCCUUCCUCUCAGGCCUGGCUCCAUCUCCCCCGCCCUCCUCCUCCUCCUCCAGGCCCCACAGCCGCAGCAAGGAGUGUGAGUUUUGCGGCAAGAGCUUCAAGUUCCCCAGCAACUUAGUGGUGCACCGUCGGAGCCACACUGGUGAGAAACCGUACCAGUGCCCCUUCUGUGACCAUGCCUGCAGCCAGUCCAGCAAACUGAAGCGCCACAUGAAGACGCACAUUAACCAUGCUGGCAUCCUCAACGGCUGGGCCGCAGGCCUGCCUGACAGCCCCCUCGUGGAGGACAGCUACCAACGCCGAACCCACCCAAUGCCGGGCCUGGAGAACGGCAACGAGCACGCCGAAUACUCAGCUCUCAGCACCGAGCACAACCUAAAGGUAAAGGUGCUGAAGGAGGAGCCCGAGCCGGAGCUGGGUGAAGACCAGCAGCAACUAGAGGAGCUGAAGGACUGCCAGGCCCUGUCUGAGUCGGAACGCCUCCAGUUGGAGGGAGACAGUGACCUCGCCAACGGUGAGACAGAGUCGGCCGGCAGGGGGGGUGCCUCGCCGCACGGCCUGGCCAAUGGCUUCGGCUUUCACUCCAGGCGGCUUCUGACUCCACCGCUGGGCCCCGGCCUCCUGAGGGGGCCCCUUAAGGCCGAGAAGGACCACCUGUCGGAGGAGGCCAGCCAGAACUUCUACUCCCGGUGGCUGGCCGAUUGCGCGGCCUCCCGCAGGCAGCCAGGGGUCCCCCCUCCUCCAACCAUCUCCGCCGCCCGGGCCUCCCCGUCGUCGGACAACUCCGGCGAGAACGCCGGCUCCUGCUCGUCCAGCCCACCCCGAGCGGCGUCGGCGGACAGCGGGACGGUGAGCGGGCACAGCACGCCGAGGCGGUUGGGCGCCGGGCGGGGGGUGGCCGAGGGGCUGGGGGGGGGGACCCGCCGGCGCAACACCUGUGAGUUCUGCGGCAAGGCCUUCCGCAACGCCAGCAACCUGACGGUGCACCGGCGCAGCCACACGGGCGAGAGGCCAUACCGCUGCGAGCUGUGCAGUUACGCCUGUACCCAGAGCAGCAAACUGACCAGGCACAUGAAGACACACAUGCAGCCAGGCAAGGAGGUCUUCCGUUGCAAUGCUUGCAACAUCCCCUUCAGCAUCUACAGCACCCUGGAGAAGCACAUGAAGAAACGGCACAGCCAACUCCUCCAGGAGACCCAGCUUUCAAACUGA